AUGGGAGUUUCUCCUGACCUCUCGGAUGCAGCUCCCCAUGAACGAGCACUUGCAACAAAUGAGGGAUCCCCGUCUGCGAAAGCGACGGUCAAUGAUGUUGCGACUGAUGCGAUGAACGGCGAAGAUGAAUCUCAGGCCCAGAAGGGCAUCAAUAAUGAUGUCCCCGAAAAUGUCAUGAAGAAGACUCUCGACAUGGAAGCCUCCGAGGUUGUCACAGCCAAAGAUGAUCUCUCAGAUGAUGAUACAGAGGAGCGAAGGCCGCCUUUGCCGCCCAGACCUUCAUUGUCCCAAGUCGCAGAACAUCCAAAAACCUCAGGGGGUCCAAUGCGACCGGCAUUGCAGUCUAAACCUACCACGGCAUUAUCGUCAGUCGAGAUACAGACGUUAUCGUUUCCCGAUGGCACCAGAGGUACUUUCUCUACGCCAGUUAGUCGAUCAGCAUCAGAAGCAAACCCUGGGCAUGGUACCACUUCAUCGGUUUCCUCAACAAGCAAGAAAAAAAGUCUGGAAGGAAGUGACAACGAUGAUAAUGCCAGCCUUAUGAGCUGUGCGCCAACCUUGAAAGCAAAUGGAGACCUUGCAAGUCUACUUGACGAUGGACUUAAUGCGCAGAGCCCGGCAUGGGUAUUAUUAAAUUCACAGGCAGAUCAUGGGGAACAAAUUGAUGAGACAGUGGAAUUUGAGGAUAUCUCUCUUACAAACUUCGAUCGUGAAUUCGAUGAAAUAGGGGAAGUUGAUAGCAAGGGUGGAAACGAAGAGGAACUACUCAUACAAUGGAAGUCAAAACUCAAGCAUUAUUUGAUUCUCUCUUCCGCUGGAAAACCCAUAUAUAGUCGGCACGGAGAUCAAAAUCUCAUCAAUGGCUAUAUUGGAAUCAUUCAAACAAUUAUAUCAUUCUUCGAGGGUUCAAAAGAUCCUUUAACGGGAUUUACUGCAGGUCGUACAAGAUUUGUUAUCUCAACUGACGGACCUCUAUACUUUGUUGCUAUCAGCAAACUUGGCGAAAGCGAUGCUCAGUUGAAAGGCCAGCUUGAGGCUCUAUAUAUGCAAAUCCUAUCAACCUUGACUCUACCAACUCUUACACAUUUGUUUUCGAAUCGACCGAAUACAGACCUCCGCAGACCUCUGGAGGGAACUGAAUCAUUACUAUCAUCACUUGCAGACACUUUUACUAAAGGCUCCCCAUCUGCUUUAUUAUCUGCAUUAGAAUGUUUAAAAUUGCGAAAAUCACAACGACAUGUUAUAAACAAUACGCUUCUAAAGGCACGAACUGACAAGCUUCUUUACGGGUUGAUAGUAGCCGGUGGUAGGCUUGUGAGUGUGAUACGUCCUAAGCGGCAUUCAUUACAUCCUAGUGACCUCCAACUCAUAUUCAAUAUGCUCUUCGAAGCUGGCGGGGUCCGAGGUGGAGGUGGCGAGAAUUGGAUUCCUCUAUGUCUCCCAGGAUUUAAUAAUAGGGGAUACCUCUAUAUGUACGUGAGCUUUUUGAGCGUGGAAAAAGGCGAACGUGUUAAAAAUAAUAACUCUGAGAACAAGAAAGGCAAAACGGAAGAUGAAGUUGCAGUGCUUCUCAUAAGCGCUGACAAGGAAAGCUUUUUCGAGCUUAAACAAAUGCGUGAUGAUGUGGUUGAUCAGCUGGAAAAGAAUGGAAGUAUGAAUAUCAUCAAAGCUGCCGUUCGCCAAGGACGUCCAAAGACAACUGAUAUUGUUCCUGGAACACCGUUACGGCAUUUCCUAUACAAGUCACGAGCAAACGUUCAAUUCACGAUGCCGUCAUUCGAUCCAUAUUAUAACACUCUUGUCAAUCGUCGAAGGUAA